UUUUAUGCCAAAAAUGAAAGCAAAUUAUCAAUUUUUCAAGAUUAAUAAUUGACAAAUUUUUAGGUUCGUCGCUUCAUUUUCUCUUCAUUUGAUCAUCUUUUUUCUUAUCUGAUGUGCUUCAUGCUGAAAUAUUCAUGACUAUUCCACAAAGUCAAGCAAUGAUGAAAUGCAAUGGCCAAACAAACUUUUUCUUUCUUUCUUGUAAUGUUGCACAAUUUGAGAAAAAUGUAUUUUCUUCUCCACAAGCUACAAACAGCACUGUUUCUUCAAUAUUCAAAGCACACAGAACAAUUGAAAUGAAAGUGAAAAAAAAAGAGUUAUUUAAUAUUCGUAAUCAACCAUAUUUUACGCACCAUUUUUUGUUCACUUCACAGUCUUGUAAUGAUGUACAUACGCAAGUAAAUGACAUUUGAAAUGGCUAUUAGAGAAAGACAAACGACUGUGAAGUGAAUGAGUUUACAUGCUUAAAACAGUUGUAAAAGUUUAUUUGCGGAUCCAAUUUUUUUUUUUUUAAAUUAUUUGAAUUAGUUUUUUUUUCGGAAAGACAUGAAGCUGUCGGUAAUAACGUCUUCAUUAAACAUUACUCGUGUUCCGCUUAACAUCAUCAUCUUUCUUUAUUAUUGGAGAUGAGAAUUGAAUUGUGUGCACUUCUGGUGAUUGUUUUGAUUCGAAAUAAUGGAGAAUAGGCGAUUUAAUGGAACUCAUCAAUUUUCUUCAUCAAAGUCCAAAAUGCGUUGGUUACAAAAGUCUUCAGAAGAGCCGGCAGAGUUGAUCGGUCUUUCACCAUUAAAGGCUGAAGAUACAUUGUCGAUUAGCAAUCGUAGUAUAAAUUUGAUUGAGCAAAAGCAAGAUAUCAAUUACGAAACGAAUCAAUCAUCGAGAAAAUCGAGAAAAGAUUUUUCAUCAUUUCGAACUCUGACGUGGUCGAAGAAGUUUGCAAAAUCUACAGAAAAUUGUUACAGCAUACAAGAAGGACGUGUAAUUGAUAGGUCAAGAAUAGGUCAAUGUGACGAUUCACCAGUACUGUUAAAAAAUAAAAAUCUCAUACGAUCAUCAUCGCCAUCUAAUCAAUCGAUAAGUAGUAUAAAAACAAUCUCGACAAGUACGCCCACAUAUUUCACAACACUCAGACGAUUGCAUCGCCACAAACUAGCCAACGUUCUUGAUUUCGAUAAGGAAGUAUGGAGAAAUAAUCAUAAUAUAAGUAAUAAGAAUUGUGGCGAUAAUGAUGAUAAUUUAAGUCAUCACAAGAGCAUUUCGUCGAUUUUAGAUGAAGACGCAUGUCAUAAUAAUAAAAGUGAAUUGAGUCGGACAUAUUGCGGUGCUUAUAGUGUACCUUAUCGAGAGAAAAGAAAUCCAUUAAUUCACACAAGACUUUCGUGUUAUAAGCCGAUAAUAAGUGAACAACAAUUUGAUAUACAAAGUCUUAAAAACUUUAAAUCUGUUGAUGAUUUUCUUUCAAUGGAUAUGAAUAAUGCUCAAUCAAGUACCGAUGAAGAUCAUCGUCAAAAUGAUGAUGAAACCAAAAUCAAUGAGAAAGGUGAAAUUUAUUUAAAUCAAAAGCACAAGCGAAAAGGCUUAAGCAGCAAAUUUCGGACUAUGUCCGAUAAAACACAAAAACUAUUUUCAAAACUUUACUCAAAUUCAAAUUUAAAGUCAUCAGUCGCUGAAUCAUCUAGUGAUAUAACGACCGAAUCGAUUUCUAGGAAAUUUUUCAACAGUCGACGAAGUUUGAGUUAUGGAACGUUGACACAAGUUAAGGAAUUUGAUUCGAAGAAAGUUGAAACCGAAGAUGGUGAUUCCGGAAUUUUAAUAAAUGAAUCGGGUGCGUCAUCGAUGACUGAUGAGAAUUCUGAACCAAAUAAAAAGGUUGAUCAAGAUCAAUCAAUUAAACUGCCUCCGGAGAGAAAAUAUGUUCAAAGAAUCGAAAUAAAGUACGAUCAUGAGAACACAGCUGAGGAGAAAAAUGAACCAAAGAUCUGCUCAUCGUCAUUCAAUAAACAUAAUCAUCAUAUAGCUAGUUGUACUGAUUUGUCCUUAACAUCGACACCAGUCAUUGAGAAAAGACAGAAGAAAAAUCGUUCAAUAGAUUCAGGCCUUAAUGAUGCAGCAAAUGACUCGUCCACGAAGCGUAAUUCAGUUUCAGAAAUUGUUGCUUUGCUGGAAAGAAAUGAUAACAAUACAAAAUUCAAUACACUUAGUCAUCCGAGAAGAUCAAAAGGCACAACGCUUGUGAUUAAUCAAGAAGAAGAUUCAUUUGAUGCUUCAAAUGCUCUCAACAUGUGUGAUGAUGAUAAAUUAAAGCUGAAAACAGCACAAUCCAAAGAAAAAAUUGAUGAUAAUGGAAACGACAAACAUUCAACACCGAAUGUGAAGAAAAUUCCAUGCACAAAUUUUUGUACAUUACCUCGUAAAGCAAAGACAAGUCCGCACUGUACAUUCCACACAGUGAUAUUUGAGAAAGGGCCUGGCAAGAAAGCUCUCGGUUUCACCAUCGUGGGAGGUGCUGAUAGUCCACGUGGUGCACUAGGAAUUUUUAUUAAAAGCAUUAUGGUUAAAGGACAAGCUAUAGAAAGUGGACUUUUGAAAGCAGGUGAUGAAGUUUUAGCUGUCAAUGGGCAUGUUUGUCAUGAUUUGACACAUCAAGAUGCCAUUAAGUUGUUCAAGAGCGUUAAAAGUGGCGAAAUCGUCUUAAAUAUUUGCCGGAGAAAAGGUUCAAUUACUAUAACUUAAUGGAAUUUUUAUUUGAUACAAAGAAACAAGCUUAUUGUUGUGAUGAAUAAAUUAAAUUUUUU